AAACUGAGGGGGUUUAAGCCUUUGGUUCUGGUGUGGUUUUCUUUUCAAAGGGUUUUAUGUCUUCUUCUUCUUCCUUAUUUCUUUUCUAGAACACAGAGAGAGAGAGAACAAAUCCUAAAAUCUUCAAAUUCUUUCUAUAUUUCAUUUUAAUUUUCUUUCCCAUUGUAUAACAAUUGUUCUGAAACCAGAUUUUUACUGGGCGAUUUAGAGAUUUUAGCAGACUGCGUGAUCUAUAAUUAACUGGCUCGAGGAUUAGGUUGCUUUCUUACGUAUAAUGGUGAUCAAGAGGAGGUUCAGUCAUGUCUUUGAUUUCUCCAGUAUUCCCAAGGCUCCUCGUUCCACCAGGAGGAAGGUAUUAUCAAGCAAGAACGAUGGUGUUGUUGAUGAUAUUCGGACCACUGCAAUCGAUCUGCUCGCUUCUCUAGCUGGGAAGCUGCUAGAAGAGAGCGAAAGCUCCUCAACUUCUUCCACCAAUGCCUUUGUAGAGGGAAAGGGAAACAUCAUCAAGCAAGAAGACGUUGAAGAUGAUGAUGUCAAGCCUUGUGAAUCCGAGCUUGCGUCAAAGUCCCCUCCUAGUGAUAUUACCAGUGAGACUCCUUUGGAGCAGACACGUGUUUCUGAUUGUGAGAGAGGUCUUGGCUUGAAGCCGUGUUACAAGAAAGAGGAUUGUGAUGACAUCACUGAGGAGACAGGUGUUGACAUUGAAAAAAGAGAAGUAAAAACGCCACCUGGCACGGAUGGUGUCCUCAACCAGUCUAAGUUAGUUUGCAGAGAUGAUGAUGAAAACUAUUGUAAGUACAAUAGAUUUAGUGACAGAUGUAGGAGGUUUAAUAGGCCUUUGACACGUGUUGGACAUCGGAGGAUGAUGACAAAGUACGGGAGAGCAGUCCCUAGAGACACUAGAACAGAUGGCUGUUUACUGUACCGCAAGAGAAAGUUGUGUAAUGGUUAUAACCCAUGGAAGCAUGAGACGGUUCAGAGGAAGAGAAGAUUGUCUGAUGGAGGACUCAGUAGUGAAAGUGUUACCAAUUCGCCUCAGAAGGGAGAAUCAGUAAAGUUGAGCAUCAAGUCCUUUAGGAUUCCGGAGCUCUUUAUUGAAGUUCCGGAUACAGCAACAGUAGGCUCACUGAAGAGGACGGUGAUGGAGGCUGUAGCUGCUUUACUCGGUGAUGGAAUACGUAUAGGGGUGUUAGUCCAAGGGAAGAAGAUUAGAGAUGACAGUAACACUCUAUCUCAGACUGGUCUUUCAUGUAGAGAGAAUCUAAGCAACCUUGGCUUCACCUUGGAGCCUGGUCAUGUACCUCUUUGCUCUGAAAGCCAUGUCAUCUCUACCCCAACUGAUUCUACAAAUUUAUCUGAAAGGUCCUUAGAUUCUAGAAUCCCUUUCCAUCUCCAAGAUGCAGAUCACGUGAUUAGUUCGGAAAAUUGUGUGGAGAAUAACCAGGAGUUAGUUCCAUAUCAGAGUGACAUAUCAGCUGAUGAACCUUCUUCAGAUUCAAGAGCGCUGGUUCUAGUUUCAGCCUUGGAACCGGAGGCUCUUGCAAUUGUCCCACUUAACGAGAAAUCUAAACGUACAGAGCUUUCACAGCGCAGAACCAGGAGACCUUUCUCUGUUACAGAGGUGGAAGCUCUAGUAGCAGCAGUAGAGGAGCUUGGUACUGGAAGAUGGCGUGAUGUGAAAUUACGUUCUUUUGAUGAUGCGAGUCAUCGAACCUACGUGGACUUGAAGGACAAAUGGAAAACCUUGGUUCACACGGCAAGUAUAUCACCACAGCAACGAAGAGGAGAGCCAGUGCCUCAAGAACUGCUAGAUAGAGUCUUGGCAGCACAUAGGUGUUGGUCACAGCACCAGCUGAAACAGAACGGGAAACUUCAAGCGGCUGCAACAAUGGUGGGUUCGUCCAUGUAAAGAUGGAGAAAGGGAAUGACAGUAACUUUCACUUGAAGACUGAGGAAGCAAUGUGGGGCAAACUGUACAAAGGCUAAACAACAACAGAAGCAUACUUUUAUUUUUCAUUUUCUUUCCAACUUUGAGAUUUUUUAAAUCAUAGCUGGCAGAACACAAAGAUGUACUUUGGUUACUUUUAUGUUACAUCCGUUCAUUUCAGUUUCUAAUUGAUUUGAAUUUGUAAAUGGUAUUGGUGAUAGAAUGUCCAUGAAGACAUUCUUUUAUUUUAAUUUUUGUAAAUUGACAUGUAAUUUUAGACAAAUUCUUUUA